UCCUGGUUCGAUCAUAACCAUGGAGCUAUGAGCAAACCUUCUUCUCUGCUAAACUCUACCAAGACCUUCAACUCUCUCAUCAACCAUUUCUCAUCUCAUGGCGAUCACCUUCAAGUGCUCUCCACAUUCUCUUCCAUGCUCGCUAAUAGAUUCCAACCAGACGCAUUUACUUUCCCUAGUCUUCUCAAAGCCUGUGCUUCUCUUCAGCUCCUAUCUUUCGGUCUCUCGAUUCACCAGCAAGUUCUCGUCAAUGGGUUCUCUUCUGAUUGCUACACCUCGUCUUCACUGGUCAAUCUCUACGCGAAAUUUGGGAUCUUGGGUCAUGCUCGGAAACUAUUCGACGAAAUGCGUGAGAGGGAUGUGGUACACUGGACUACAAUGAUCGGUUGUUACUCACGCGCCGGGUUUGUUGGAGAGGUGUUUUCUUUGGUUAACGAGAUGAGAUAUCAGGGGGUUAAACCGGGUCCGGUUACGUUGUUGGAAAUGCUGAGUGGUGUUUCGGAGAUUGUGCAAUUACAGUGUCUUCAUGCCUUUGCGGUGGUUUAUGGGUUUAAUUGUGAUAUAGCUGCGAUGAACUCUUUGUUGAAUUUGUACUGCAAGUUUGGUCGUGUCUUAGAUGCUAAGGAUUUAUUUGAUCAGAUGGAGCAACGUGAUAUGGUUUCAUGGAACACAAUGGUUUCAGGAUUUGCAAUUGUUGGUAAUAUGACUGAAAUUUUGAAGCUUUUGUACAGAAUGAGAGAUGAUGGUUUAAGACCAGAUCAGCAGACAUUUGGAGCUUCACUUUCCGUCAGUGGAACAAUGUGUGAUCUUAUCAUGGGAAGAAUGAUACACUGCCAAAUUGUAAAUACUGGUUUCGAUGCAGACAUGCAUCUCAGGACGGCAUUGAUGACUAUGUACUUAAAGUGCGGAGAGGAGGAAGCUUCGUUUCGAGUAUUCGAAACCAUUCCCGAUAAGGAUGUUGUUUGCUGGACAGUCAUGGUGUCAGGACUUGUGCGGCUAGGUAGAGCGGAAAAGGCUCUGAUUGUUUUCUCAGAAAUGUUAGAUUCAGGAUCAGACCUAUCGAGUGAGGCAAUAGCUAGUGUUGUAGCAGCUUGUGCUCAAUUGUGUUCUUUUGAUCUCGGCUCUUCGGUUCAUGGUUAUGUACUGAGGAAAGGACAUACACUAGACACUCCUGCGUUGAAUUCUCUGAUCACAAUGUAUGCAAAGUGCGGGCAUCUGGACAAAAGUUUAGCUCUUUUUGAACGGAUGAAUGAAAGAGACUUGGUUUCUUGGAAUGCAAUUAUCUCCGGAUAUGCCCAGAACGGAGAUUUGUGUAAGGCCUUGUUAUUGUUUAAAGAAAUGAAGUUUAAAACCUCGCAACGAGUUGAUUCAUUGACGGUUGUCUCCCUUUUACAAGCCUGUUCAUCCACUGGAGCUCUCCCGGUAGGAAGACUGAUGCACUGUAUUGUAAUCAGAAGCUUUAUCAGUCCGUGUACAUUGGUUGAUACGGCUCUGGUUGAUAUGUAUGCGAAGUGUGGCUACUUGGAAGCUGCACAGAGCUGUUUCGAUUCGAUCUCGCAGAAAGAUUUUGUCUCAUGGGGCACACUCAUUGCAGGGUAUGGUUUCCAUGGUAAAGGGGACAUUGCUUUGGAAAUUUACUCAGAGUUUCUUCGCUCUGGAAUGGAGCCAAACCACGUGUUUUUUCUAGCAGUUCUCUCAUCUUGUAGCCAUAACGGAAUGGUUCAGCCCGGUUUGAGAAUUUUCAGUUCAAUGGUUAGAGAUUUUGGUGUUGAACCGAAUCACGAACACCUUGCUUGCGUGGUCGAUCUUCUAUGUCGAGCUAAAAGAGUAGAAGAGGCGUUUAAGUUCUACAAAGAGAGCUUUACAAAACCAUCAAUCGAUGUCUUGGGUAUAAUACUUGAUGCUUGUCGUGCAAAUGGGAAAACAGAGCUCGAAGAUAUAAUUUGUUUGGAUAUGAUCGAGUUGAAGCCAGUAGACGCUGGACAUUACGUUAGGCUUGCACAUUCUUUUGCCUCGAUGAAGAGAUGGGACGACGUAAGUGAAUCGUGGAAUCAAAUGAGGUCUCUCGGCUUGAAAAAGCUCCCGGGAUGGAGCAAAGUCGAAGUGAACGGGAGAAUCACAACGUUCUUCAUGAAUCAUACUUCACAGUCAGAUGAGACUGUGUCUGUGUUGAAACUUCUUAGCAAGGAAAUGAAGCAAAUCCAAUAA